CCCCGCGCAGACGCGGACGGCGGGGCGCGCGCAGGUGGCGGGCGGCCCCGCUCCGCUGGGCUCGCCGCUGCCGCCGCCGCGGGCCGGCCUCCGCUGGGGCUAGCGCCUCACCGGCGGGGAGGGAGGGGAACCGGCGCCGGCCGGGUCGGGGCUGCUGCCGCCUCCUCCCACGUGAAGGGCCGUAGCCGCCCCGGGCGAGCGCCGCGGCCGGCCGAGGAGCCUCGAAGCGCGGCGGCUUCCCCUCCGCCUCCCCGCUCGGGGCCCGAACCGAGCCGUUCGCGGGCCCCGCGGGACGCCGCUGCCCCGCUCCCGCCCCCGCCGCUCCUGGGAGGCGUCCGGCGCCGCCCCCGUGCACGCUCCUCCCGGGGUGGGCGUGAGGAGGGCUCCGGCGGCUCCCCGCUCCCGGGCGUCCCGGCCCCGCUCGGCUGUGGAUGCGCCCGGGAGGAGCCGCCGAGCCCGCACAGCCCUUUCAGCCCGCGGCGGGGGGAACGACGCGGGGCGCCGCGAUGACUUGACGCCGGGCCGCGGCGUGCCGUGCCGUGCUAUGGAGGGGAUGACACGCUUCGUGGCGGCCGCGGCGCGGUGGCGGCCGGCGCUGCCCGCCCUGCUGCCGCUGCUGCUCGCCGUGCCGGCGCUGCGGGGCUCGCCCGCCGCAGAUGAGAGAUCCUUGGAGGAGCAAAAUUUUUCCUUUUUCCCAAUGGACUCAAAGGUGCACCAAAGCAUAUCAGGCAGCAGGACACAAAUGGCCUUAGCAAAAAGUACUUUGGAGUCCCAAGAAAGUAAUUUCCUUCAAACGGUUUUAUCAUCAGUUACCACUCCCUUUGAUGUGACUUUAUUUGACCAAGAAGAAAUGGUUAGGAUUUCAGAAGGGAGAAGUACGCCAUUGGUAGAUGUCCCCGUAACAAGCAAUGAGGCAUUCUUAAGUGAUGAUGAAUUUAUUAGCUCAUUUCCAAAGGCACAGUGGACUCCUCCACUGAAGUCUCUUGCAGUUUUAACAGAUCAUCACUCAGUUAAUACAGUAGAGCCAUCAGGAGAAACAUUAGAAACUGUGUUGCUAGCGCCUUCAUUUUCUGUCCUUUUUUCACCAUAUGAUAUCUCAAAAACAGCAGAGCAAAAGACUCCGUUGAGCGCUGUCCCCGAGCGCAGUGACACUCUUACAGAAUUGAAGCCUUUUGUACUAGGUAGUGAAAUGCUAACUGCAAGCAGAGACUUGCUGUUGUACCCUCCAAAUACAGCUAUUUAUUUUACUUCCAUUCCUUCAGAGGCGGGAAUCGCAGUGCGGGAAAAUAUAAAUGCAAGUUUAGCAGCUCUGCCUUUUGGGGCUGCUUCAGAAGGGUCGCCUCUUCAUCUCAAGCUGCUGGAUAAAAAUAGCCGUGUGACCCCAGAUGCCACAGCACAGAGUGCAGACCCAUAUGGUGACAUUUACGCCUAUGAGAGUAGCAGGGCAGCAGAAACUCUCAGUCCAAGGACCUACCCUGCUUCAGGCAUUCCCUGGGCCACGCCGGCUUCAGCAGCCAGUGCUGAGCCUGCUUUGUUUCCUGUUAGUCUUCCACUUGCGUCUUUCCUCCGUCACUCAGCUGCCAUUUCCACGGACUCUAAUACAGUUCUUAAUGCCAGCCUGUUUACACAUGAAUUCUCCAGUACAACACCAAAUUUGCCUGCCAGUUCAGAAAUACCAAGUCAAUCGGAGCUUGUUAGUGAGCUCAUGAGUCCAGUGCCUUUCACGAGAUCAUACAGUUCUUGUCUGUAUUGUGACUCAGUUUCACUUCUGCCAGAAGCAGGCUUUUCCCCAGAACAUGAUGUGGGCUCAGGCGAUUACCUUGAAACUUUGUCCAUCAAAGGCCCUGAAGUACAAGGCAUAACUCCAUUUACAACUAUAAUUACGGAUGGGUAUGAAUUAGAAGAGCCUACACCUGACAUUUUUGAUACUUCUUUUCCAUCAAGACCAGUUGUUUCAUUUUCUUCAGGAUUUGCAGAAAUGCCUAAUUCAGGCGUGUUUUUAUUAAGCAGCAUGGACACUGUCCUUAACAACAGAACACCUAUAAUAAUUUCUCCUUCUUACCAUCAGCUUCCUGGAGAAACAUCACUGAACAUCUCUGUUGCCCAGUUUUCCCUCCCUGUUCUGGAAACCGUUUCAUUGACACCGAGCACUCGUGUAGAACUUCCUGAUGCCACCACCGUUCUGUUUGACCCUACCUUCAUCCCGGGUGAGACGGUAGCAUCGUUUGCAGUCAGUCAUACAACUUUGCCAGAGUUACCGGAAUUAAUGCCAUCAGAAUCUGUGGUUUUGCUUCACAAGACAUCUACGAGGGAAGAACUGUCUUUAAAUAUUUCAGAUUUUCUAUCCAGUCUUCUAUCAACACCAUUUCCUACUGAACCUAGCUACUUAUCUUUAUCAUCAGCCAUGCUAAAUUCUUACUCUGUCAUGCAAAGUGAUUUAUCAACACUCUUACCUCAGACCCUGUUGACUGGGACAUCAGUACUUUCUGAGGAUGUUUCCAGCUGGGAGUUAGCUACCACUAUCAGCUCUGCCACUGAUGCCGAGGUUUCUCAGUUCCCUCUUGGCCAAACAUCAUACUUUUAUUCAAAUGCAUCCUCUGUUCCAGGUGCACAUGUUCCUGAAAUAACACUGUCAUCAGAUUUUUACUCUGAGUCAUCUGUGUUUCUGGAAGCACCCUCAGUAUUGCCAGCGGGCUCUGAAGUUGUGUUUACCUCAGCUGUUACAGGAGCUACCUCUCAGUUGGAGCCUUCACUCUCCACCUCUCACUCUGUGGUUCCUACCCUGGUGCUGCCCGCUUCUGACACCCAGUCUCUUACCAGCAGCAUCCUGCUCAAUGAAACAAAUCUGAUGUCUUCGUUAACUACCUUUCCGGCAACUCCUGUCUUAAAUAUAUCUUAUGUGCUCUCAACUGCCCUGGCUUCUGAUGAGGAUGUUGGUGCUACAGUUAACCCUACGCUGCUUUUAACAUCUCCCAGCGAGGGCAGUGCCCACACAGCCCUUCCUCCCACGGACCCUAACAACCUGACGUCACGUGCCGACACCAGCAGUGCAAUGCCCUUUCCUACAGCAUCUCUGUCUGUGACCGAGCCAUUCUCUUCCACGCAAUUCCCUCCAGGUUCUAGCUCUCCCACUGGAUAUGAAGUUCCAGCAGGAAGCAGUGUAACUGCUGGUACUGAUGCAUCAGCUGCUCCCACCACUGUCCCCACGACCACUGCCACCAGUGCCACGGGCGGCCACGGCACAACUGCUGCAGGCAGCCUGGGGACGUUCUCCUCCACCCCUCUGGCGACCACUACUCCAUCUGAACCUGUGGUCGUAACCUCUGCCGUGACCACUACCAGGCAACCCUACGUCUGCGACAUCACGGUUCCCGAUGCUUACUUAGUCACUGCGGUGCUGGCCCGAAGAGCUGUUCUACAAAAUGUCAGUGAAUCCAUCAGAGAAGUGCUCAGAAUUCAGUUCAGGCGAUCUGUAGAGCUAGAGGUUUAUAAAAUUUCCCCCAAAUUUGCUUUCUUGGUGACCUCAGGUCCUUUUGUUUACACGGCAGUAGCUGUCAUAAAUGUGCUUGUGAACAGCAGUCUUCUUCGUGGUGAGGCCCCCAUGAUCCUCUCCCUGCGUCCUUCUUUCACUGUGCCAGAUAACAGAUUCCAAGUUCAGACAGUGCUUCAGUUUGUGCCUCGGAGUGUGGAUGUUGGGUUCUGCAACUUUAGCCGGCGGAUUGAGAAAGGGCUGACAAUGGCAUUCAUGGAAGUGAGCAAACACCGGGAGUUCUACAACUUCACUGUGCAGAUACUGAAUAUAACUCUGAGCAGGCCUGGGGUAGCGUUUCGGCAAGGCCCCGUGAGCAUUGUUUUUGCUGUCCGAGAUAGAUACGGUUUUCUAAAUGGGUCCGAAGUCAGUGAGCAGCUAAGAAACUUGUCCGUGGUGGAAUUCAGCUUCUAUCUGGGCUUUCCUGUGCAGCAAAUUGCUGAACCCUUUCAUUAUCCUAAGCUUAAUGUGUCUCAGCUGAUGAAAUCUUCCUGGGUGAGAACAGUUCUCUUGGGUGUCGUCGACCAGCGAAUUCAGGAGGAAGUAUUUCAGGCUGAGAUGGAGCGGAAACUAGCUCACCUGUUAAACGAGGCUUUGGCCAGAGGGCGGAUAUGGAGACGAGCCAGCUUUGCAGGCAGCAACAUUGUGCAGAUUGUGAACGUGUCACGGUUAGUUGGUGUUGAUAACCCUGUGGAGCUGAUCUAUUUUGUGGAGGACCAAGAUGGAGAGAGACUCAGUGCUCUGAAGUGCUCAGACCUGAUGAACAGAGUUGAUAUCCAGCGGGCUGCAAUCAUCCUUGGAUACCGCAUUGAAGGCACCGUUGCACAGCCUGUGGAGAAGCUGAAGGAGUCCACCUCAGAGUCACAGAAUAGCAACCUAUGGAUCAUUGUUGGUGUGGCAGUCCCAGUUGCUGUGGUGCUCCUGAUCGUUAUUAUUUUAUACUGGAAACUUUGUCGAACAGACAAACUGGAGUUUCAGCCAGACACAAUGAGCAACAUUCAGCAGCGCCAGAAGCUACAAGCCCCCAGUGUGAAAGGCUUUGAUUUUGCUAAGCAGCAUCUGGGCCAGCACAAUAAAGAUGAUGUCCUGAUUAUCCAUGAGCCAGCUCCCUUACCGGGACCUAUUAAGGAUACUACCCCAUCUGAAAAUGGAGAUGUGCCCAGCCCCAAAUCCAAGACUUCCUCAAAGCCUUCAAAGACUGUUCGACACAGAGGGAGAGUUUCACCAUCAGAUGCUGACUCCACAGCAAGUGAACAAUCCAGUGGGAGAGAGACAGGAGAAGAAUCUGCAAGACCGUCAACUGUUGCAAACGAAGGCAAACCACGCAGAGCAGUGAAAAAGGGACCUCCUCAGACCAGCAGUGGAAAUGAGCAGCACUCUUCAGCCUCCAUCUUCGAACAUGUGGAUAGGAUGUCGCGUUCCUCAGAUGCCAGCAGACGGGUCCCAAGCAAGAUCCAGCUGAUUGCUAUGCAACCAAUGGCAGCACCUCCGGUUCAGAACUCGGUGCUUUCUGAUCGAGUAGCAGAGACCAACAAAAUUAAUAAAGAGAUACAAACAGCCCUGAGGCAUAAAUCUGAGAUUGAGCAUCACCGCAAUAAGAUUCGUCUUCGUGCCAAGCGCAAAGGGCACUAUGAAUUUCCAGUGGUGGAUGAUGUGGUGGUGGUUGACUCCAAAGAACAGCACAGAAUAUAUCGCAAGGCACAGAUGCAGAUUGACAAGAUCUUGGACCCUGGAGGCAGUGUGCCUACUGUCUUCAUAGAGCCCAGGAAGAGUUCUCGUGCAAAACGUUCUCCCAAGCAGCGCCGGCGACAUCAGAUAAAUGGUAGUCCCAUCGAUGCAGAAAAGGACAGAUUAAUCACAACUGACAGUGAUGGAACAUACAAAAGGCCCCCAGGAGUCAAUAACUCUGCAUAUAUUUCUGAUCCAGACUUGCCUCCUGAACCUCAGACAUCAUCUUCAGCUGAUGUGGGGAAGUUCCCUGGCUUGCCUUCCCACCCAGUCUCCCAGUACGUCCCACCGCAGCCAUCCAUCGAAGAAGCUCGGCAAACCAUGCACUCGCUGCUGGAUGAUGCUUUUGCGCUGGUGGCUCCCAGCAGCCAAGCAGCCAAUUCCACGGCCAUCACACCACCCGGGGUGUCUGCAGGACAGCCGGUAAACAACACUCCUGCUCGAGCAGGGAGGGGAACCACAUGCACCCAGUGGGGAUCACCUUAUGGUCCAACUCAGGCAGUAAACAACCCAUUUAACAGGUACGUGGAAUUUGGAAUGACUCCGCCAACAGCACCAGGUCUCCUACCAAGGCAGAACUUUGGGCCAGGUUUUCUUCAACCUGCAGAGUUAAUGCACCCAGACCAGCAGCCACCUGAGGCUCAGUAUUCCUCCAGAGGGUUAUACUCAGAAGAAAUGCCGUCAGUGGCACGACCACGACCAGUUGGAAGCACUGCAGGUUCUCAGAUACAGCACCUCACUCAGGUGGGAAUUGCUAGCAGGAUCGGAGGUCAACAAGUGGAGAUCCCCUCAGGCAGAGCAGGGCAUGGCCAGCCGGGGGGGCCAGGGUGGCCCCAGUACCGUGGAGAGGAUGAAUAUGCUAGGCGAGAUGCAAUGCAUAUGCAUGGACACCAAGAAUAUUCCUCCUCACCAGUAUUCCAGAUGCCGAGGACUUCAGCCAGGCAGCCUUCGGCACCCCCUGCUCAGCUUCCGCACAACAGCCUUCAGGGCCAGGGCCUUUGCUGCACCACCAGUUCCACUGAGGACCUCCAGCCAGGUCACUCUUCAGCCUCUCUUAUCAAAGCAAUUAGAGAAGAACUUCUACGACUUUCUCAGAAACAGACAACAGUGCAGAACUUCCAUAGUUGAUUUAGCAUUCCCUUGCAAAUCUGCCAGGUAUCUGCUUCCUAUGGAAGCAAAGACUUAGAGGAAAUCAGCAAUGUUGUUCUCUCGAAAGAAUGGACUUUCACAGCUCUGUUGACAGCACUCUGGAAAAAAUGAAAAAGGCAGCAAAAUGAGGAUGGUAAGGAGAGAUGGGGGACAAACAGGGAAAAUCAUCAGUGUCAUCACAAGUAAUAUUAAUUAAUCUGCUAAUAUUACGGUGCUCCUUUUCUCUCCCUACCCUCAUUCAGCCUAACAAAUAAAUAAAAACUUAGAUCAAGAAGUCAACACUCCAGCAACAAAGAAAUCACAGGAACAAACUCCAAGUAUGAUAGACUCCUUUUUCUAAGGAAGUAGGUGAAGGUUUGAAUAAACUGAGGUGACAUUUUGCAAGAGAUUACAAGUAUUCUGAUCUCUCCAGUGCUUAUGGGGAACUGGUUUGUGUUGCUGUUCUGCAAGAUGACAAACUGUAUCAGCUCAAGGGUCUUGAAGGUGUGAUCCCACAUAAGGACCACUUUGGUUGUCAGGAAUAAUGGGACUACUUAGAAUAGAAGUCUUUGUGAGCUACUUGUAACAAACUGGAACAAUAAUUGUUAUAGCUCUGUGCUUCCAAAUGGAGCUACCCUCUGCACUCUUCCUUGUUUUCCUUCUGGUGCUGAAGCUUCAAGUGUUCCUUCAUCUUCAAUGUUUGCAAAGUGAAACAUUGGCCUUGUAUAACUAAGAAAAUAUCCGUAGACUCAUCCAGGCUGGAAAAACAAAGCAAAACAUCCAAACAGAAAGGGCUUGCCAUUUAUUUUGUUUUUAAAUUGUUGAAAACUAGGAGAGGAAUACUCAGCCACAGUUGGAUUUGGGGAAAUGUGUAGGUAUAUCUUUCAAAAAAUAUAUUUACAUACUGUAUGCUCUUGCAAGACCAGCGAUAAAAUAUUGCCACUCUGUAGUUUGCUUUGUGGACAGAAAACAAUCCAGCCUGACUGGUACAGGGUCACCAGCAUUAUGUUAUAAAUUAAUGUCCUAAAUCAUUGCUUAUGUUUGGAUCUGAAUAAUUUUAGUGGAAGUCAGUGACAGUUUAGAACAUUAACAUAGGCUUAGAUUUGCGGUUUUGAGACAGUUUCUAUAUUUAUACUUGUUUUCGCUGUCCCUUUGGACAAAGGGUAAGCAUUAUCCCCAUGGUAAGAAUGGUAUGUGCCAUGGAACUGUUUGUCGCUGUUUUUUCCAGAGUUUUAAUUUAAUAUUAGCUAUGAAUUUACUAAUAUUUGGCCAUUGCAUAACUGUAACUGACAUAAUACAUAUGGAAAUUUUACUUGAGUCAUGAUUGUUGGAGUGUUUUUAUUUUCAGAUCAGACUGAACUAAAGCUAACAAACUGGCACAGAGAUAGAGGGUAACCUCAGUGUUCUUGAGGAGGCUUGGGAGCCUUGCCCUAGAAGAGUGAAAAGCAAAACUAUUUGGUGCUGCAGUGUGGGUAUUUCAAACACUAGUAGAUGGUAGUUGUGAAAGGUCUAAGGAACAAUUGUCUGCUGAAGAGAUCAUUGAGCAGUUGAUCACGGUAGGCCUGCAUUUGCCUCACUUACUGGGGUAGAAAUGGCAUUGGUACAGGUCUAAAACACUCGUAUGUUAUGGUGAUUUUUGGGUUCUAAAUCUGUUCCUCAUUCUAGUGCACAGUCCAAUAAUUGUGACAGGACUAACUCAGACUGAAAUGAAAACAGUUAGGAGGACACCAUGGAAGAACUUUACAUUUGUUUUUCAUGAAGUAUGUACAUAAUAUUCAUUGUCAAAGCCAAAACGAGGAAGCAACUGGCUGCUCACUGAUGUGGAAGAAAAGUGGUAUGUUUCCCCUCUUUAUUAGGAAGCUCAGUUAUUUUGCUGUUUUCCUGUUAUCCUCAAAAGGCUGAAUGAAAUUGUUUAGAGGGACUUAACUGUAGUGACGCAAUCUAAAUUACUUUCCAGUUCCCUGGCCAAUACUUAAAGCCCUCGUGGGCACUGGUUGAGAUUUGAAUGGAGUCAGAACACACCAGCAUGGUUGUGAACAGCAGUACCAACAGGUUGUUAUGUUUUGAAUUUUUUACGCUUUUUGUGUGAUAAGCACUUCUAGGAUAACAAUAAAAAAACAUUUAUUUUCUACCAAGUUUGUAAACAUGAAUGUUGCCAAUGCUUCUGCAAAAUGUCAGGUUUUGCAGAAUGAAGAGUAUAUCAGACAAAGUUCGUUCGGUCUUUUUAACAAUGCUGAAGACUGACUGUUUCUGAGUGUUUCCAUUAAAACCCUGUCUUUCAUAGCCCACGUCCUUCUCCAGCUUAAUUCUGCAGUGAGGUCAGAGGCCAGUGCUUAUAACAUUAGCACGUUACUCUGACUUCAUUUCAAGAAAAUGCGGGCUUCUAGAAAGUCAGUUCAUUGUCUGGCUGCUGGUUCCAGCUAUUCAAGAAGGAAUAUGAAAUAAGAGCUUUGGAAGUUAGAGGUACUUAAGCCAUUUCUCAUUCAUUUUUGCUAGCAAUGGUGAUGCUGUUAUGAUAUUCCAUCUUUUUAUGUUUGGAAGAAUAUCCAUUUUCUUUUCUGUCCCAAAUCUUAUGAAGAACAUGUACAGGACAAAUAUGUCCUGGUAAAUAAAAGAGGCUUUCUGAUGCAAAAAUCCCUCUUUAAAAAACUUAUAGGUUCACAGGGAAGGACAGUAAAAUAUAAGUCAGAAAGCUGUGUUUAGGUCUGUUCUAAAACUGACUGGAGACCUGAUCCACUGUUCACAGAAAAUGGUACGGCAUAGUCCGUAUCUUCAUAUAGUGAGAAAAAUAAGACAUAAGGCACCAGUUCCAAGGAUGGUCUUAACAAGGGAGGAGACCCACACUUAACUUUCUGAAGCUACAGGAAAAGCUAGGGUUUUCAUGUGCUACAAAAGGCCUCUGGAAUGCAUGUGCCAAACUGUGCAUUUCCACUUGGGAAUUCAGGGGAAAAAACCUGUAAGCUUCUGCAUCCCCAUGUGCUUGAGCCCUUUUGCCAAUCUUUUUUAUUGCCCUAUUGAAGGAGGGGAGAGGAAACUCAAACCUUUUUUUUCUGAAACUUAAAGUAUCCGUAAUUUAAGUAUCUGUUAAUGAAUAUACCAGUUUCUGAAAACACUGAUCAGAUGAGAAGUUGGUACAGGCAUGGAAAGCUGUUAGAAACAGUUACAUCCAUUUCCAUGACUAAACCAUCUGGUUCAUGGAAUCCUCAGGCUCUUCUCUUUCUUCACAAUUUUCCUUGGCAUUUGUGUUUAGUCUGUGUUUAGUUUGGCAUAUAGAAGGACUUGGCGAGAUGAGAGCUACGUAAUUUAACUUGGUUGGUUUGCUUUUCCUUUCUGUGGCCAAAAUGCCGACCUGUAGCCUGCUUCUUGAUUAUCUUGGGAGCUAAGUGAAGUUUUGCAAUUAUUUUUCAUACACUCAAUUUGAAAGGCGGAGCACAUUUCAGUACUAUAAAAUACUCUCUACCAGGAUGUAACACAUGGUCAUGUCAGUAACUGUAGGCAUGUGACUCUGGAAAGAAAACCUUGCUUUUGCAUAGGUGCUGGACUCAUAAUGUUAAAUACGCACGCUUUGGAACAGUAAGUGAAAUUUCACUGACCCUUUGCAAUGUACUGUAUAUGCAGUAGUUUGAAACAGGCUUCAUAUUUAGUGGGUUGGAGAGCAGCAGCAUCACACAAGGUCUAUACGUCACCUCUGCGCCCAAAGGAGUGGUUGGCGAGAUGUUGGCUACCCCAAUACCACGCACCUUUAUGCACAGACAUAAAUAAGUGAAUAGAUUGAUCAGCCAAAAGUGCAUGUUCCUACCAAGUGCUGAAGCCAGUGCCUUUAAAUUAGACCACUGACAGCACGGAUAUAGCGUUCUCUUAGAAAGAAGCUGUUUGCAGGGAGUGUAGCUUCCCAAGAACCAAAACAGCUGUUGGGUGUUAACUCACUGCUUGAAAAUACAUUAGAAAACAUAAUGAAGCUAGUAUGUAUUCAAGGCCAAGUGAAGUCGCCAGUUGUGUGAUGUGGAUGGCAGCAGGCGGUUGAGCUAAUUUUUUAACUUUUACCUUUGCUACAUUCUCCCCUCUUCCAGCUUUAAUAAUUCUUCAGCUCAAGGAAGAAAUGGGCUUUCCCCAUUCCAUGCCUUAUCUAGCAGUUCUUUGUUAACAGGUGCCAGUCCUUGAAAAAAAACAUAUAUUGGCCAAGAGCUUUGAAGGGGCAGGAUGAAGAUCAUUUGUGAGUUUGAUGUGGGAACACAUUGUGGGUCAUAUUUUUGCAGCAGCAAAUAAAAAAUGGAUUUAAAAAAAAAACCACAACACCUAUUUGGUGUUUUCUGAAUAUGGACAUAAAGCUGAAAAUUCAUUAAAAAAAGGAUGGCAUCUGAUUGUCAGAAGGCAAAGAACAACAACCAGGUCUCCAAAACCACCUGUGACAGUGCAUUAUAAAGGAAAAGGUAAAAUCUUGGUGACCCUCCCUGCCCCCACUCCAGCUGACUCCAUAACACAACCCCUCUUCUGCGCAGUCGUUUGCUGCUUGCAAUGCUGAUCUGCAUUGGUGAGGAACAUCUCUCAUCAGUGAGACUCCCAAAAGCAGUUCACCAUGGCUGUAGAGUUUCUCUGGGACUGAUUAGAUAUGCCUAGAGAAAAGUAGCAGCUUUAAACUGUUUAAAUGUGAAAUAAAAUUCCAGUACCCUUUUGUGGUGGGCAUCUUUGCCCUCUUCCUGUAACCUUUUAUUUUAAAAUGUGGGGGAAACCCUGGAGCUGUACUGUACUGUCACCAGUCUGCUGCCAUUCAUAUAUUCCAAUAUCUCUAGGUCCUAAAUACUGAGGAAGCGGAAAUUAGGAAUGAAAGGUUUUGGCAAUGCUGAUAAAGAUUCCCUGUAGUUACGCAGUAUUUUGGUGUGAGUGAACUGGAGUGCUAGAAAAGACUGGUGUAUCUCUUAUAGUGAGUGUCCCUUGAAAUGCAGCUUAUGUUAGAAGGAGGGCUGUAAAGAUUUUCUUCUGUAUUUCUGACACUAAUUCAGUGAGGACAGAACAAGCUCAGCUGCGACAGGUCAUGCCAACAGGAUUGGUAGUUCAGAUCCAAAUGUCGGUCUGCGUAUUGUCCCUAGUCACAUCUGUAUGACUUCCAUUGAAAACCACUUAGUCGCCCGUGUGUGCUGGAAGGAGAAUUUAUCCUACAAAUUCUUUAGUACAGUUUGGGAUGCGCUUGGCAAGUUGUGUCUGGCUUUGACUUACUAGUCCCAGCGGGAGUUUACUCACCCUGAGAGGAAGAAACUUGAGAAGUGAAAAUCCUGUGGAGUUGCACUGCCUUUUUAAAGAGACUUUUCUGGAGAAGAGCUGGAGUCCUGUGAAUCCCCCUGAAGACUGAUAGAUGAAAAAGAAGUUAACAUUAGUACCAGAAAAAUACACGAUUUUUUUGCACUUCAUAGUUUGUAGAGCUGGAAUGUUUUGUCUUGAUUUUGUGUUACUUUUUCAUGAUACUCUUUACAUUUAAAGUAUGUGUUGUCCUUUGUAAUGGCCACUCCUGUUUAGUUUUGAGUAGUUUUUCCUCCGUAAGUGGAAGUUUAUGUUUAGGCUGUUACAUCUUGCCUUAAUUGGAAUAAAACGUUGGCACAUUUGAACAAAU